AUGAUCAGCACAGAGGCCACAGAGGCCUUGUACCUCCACGAUGCCUCGCUCCGGGUUCUGAGGACGGAGGUUAUAUCCUCGCAGUCAAUCACAUCCCUACCCGAAGAGGAAAAGAGCCUGGCCAAAAAUGUGCCCAUUGAAGAUAGCGUCGUGGUGAUGCGACAGACAAUCUUCUAUGCCCAAGGUGGUGGACAACCCAGCGACACUGGCUCCGUCGGCUCAGAUCAGCCUCCCACAUUCGCAGUCUCGCUGGUCCGCAAAACACCCGACGGAAGAUAUCUCCACUUUGGAAAAUACAGCGACGCGCCCUUCACCGCGGGCCAGCAAGUCAUCCAAAACAUCGAUGACUCAAAGCGCAACUACCACUCGCGACUGCAUACAGCUGGUCACAUAGUUGGACUAGCGAUGCAGCUAUUGAUGCCCGAGAAGAAGAAGGUCAAGGCGAAUCAUUUCCCAAGGGAAGCGUCGAUGGAGUAUGAGGGCCUGCUGUAUAAUGAGGACAAGCCAGCCAUCCAGGAGAAAGUCAAUGAGCUUGUGCGACAAAACUUGGAGAUCCUCAUCUCAUGGGUGGAGGGCGAUCAGGGAGAAGAGGGACGAUCGCAUGACGGUCGAACGAGGAUAGCGAGUAUUGGUGGUCUGGACCACAAUCCCUGCGGCGGGACUCAUGUUCCGCUAACUGGUCUGGUUGGGUCUAUCAUUAUUCGAAAGAUCAGUCGCCAGAAGGGUAUCAGUCGAGUAUCUUAUGAUGUGUCUCCGGGGAUUGAAGGCUGA